UUCAAGCGCCGAGAAGAAAUAGGAUUAGGAAGAAGGAAACCCAAUCGUCUCAGGAAGAAAAAAGAGAAUAAAAUAUAUGUAAUUUCCCUUUUCUUCCACGCAACCUAAAAUCCAAAUCCCCUUCUCGCUCGCCAUCUCUGAUCGUCGAUCAAUUUGCUUGUCCUUUGAAGCCAUCGAUUGAAUCCCCUUCUGUCGAAUUUUCCCCCUCAUUAGUUUGGUUUUCACUUUGCGAGAGAUAUUUGCUCUUGCUUGGUACGACUGAACUUCGCUUUCCCAACUUUUUCGCCACUUUCCGUUUCGUGGGUCGCGGACUCGUGUACUGUGAUUGACAGAAUUGUCUGCUCCUCUUUUGAGUGCUAUACUCCUAAAACUUUGACGUGGUGAUUGGGGGAAUGGACUGGUUGUUUUGGCUAAUUGUCAGUGUUUAUGAAUGAUGUACACUGGGCAAAAGGCUCUAAAUCUGUUCAGAUGUUUCAAAUGGAAACAACGUGGUGAAUCGUCAUCUUUGACUACUGGCUUACUUCAUAAUGUGUCUAAUGAGGUUGAGCUUUCUAACUAUGGAGGAAUACCAAGUCCUGGUAGUGAGAGUCCUUCAGGCCUUCUUAAUGGAGAAAGCUUGAGUGUUGAACCUAUUGCUGAUUUGGAUCUCUUCUUCGAAAGGCUCUACAGCUAUUAUUGUGACAAAGGAAUUUGGUGCAUUAUAAUAAAGUGGGCUGUUGAACUUCUUAGCAUUGGCUUCACCAUAUGCUUCUCAGGGUUUUUCUUGUUGUAUGUGAACUGGGAUGGCCUUCGAAAUGCAAAAUGUGGACUGGAUGCUUUUGAAUCAGGAACCAAGCCAUGUGAUCUUGUUAAAGAAGCUCUAUAUCAGCAUCCCUUAUCCCCUUUUACGCUUAGAAAGGCGAUAAUUGUCGGUUAUUUGAUUCUUUUCUCUAUAUACUGGAUCUUCUGCUUCUUGAGGUUUUUUGCUCAGUUGAAGGAUACUUUGGGCAUUCGUCACUUUUAUUAUAAUAGCCUCCAUGUCACUGACAAUGAAAUCCAGACCAUGCCUUGGGCAACAGUCCUUGAAAAGGUUGUUCAGUUACAACGUUCAGAACCCCUUUGUGUGGUUAAGGAUCUAUCAGCUCAUGAUAUCGUUAUGCGCCUCAUGCGGAAGGAAAACUACUUGAUUGGAAUGCUCAACAAAGGUGUGCUUUCUUUCCCAAACUCCUAUUGGAUCCCAGGUGCUGGUCCAAUCAUCAAAUCUGCACCAGAUGGGACACCGUAUCGCCUUGUAUUGACAAAAACCCUUGAAUGGACCCUUAAUUGGUGCAUACUGCAGAGCAUGUUUGAUCGGAACUUCCGGGUAAGGAGGGAGUUUGUUUCGAAUCCUAGAACUUUGAAGAAACGGCUGUUCGUGGUGGGGCUCGCAAUGCUUCUUCUGUCGCCAUUCCUUGUCAUCUUUAUGUUAGUGUAUCUAUUCCUAAAGCAUGCUGAGCAGUUCUACAAUCAUCCAAGUACUGCAUCUUCUCGAAGAUGGUCCAAUUUGUCAAAGUGGCUCUUCAGGGAAUUCAACGAGGUUGAUCAUUUAUUCAAGCACCGGAUUAAUAGCAGUAUAGUGCAUGCUUCAGAAUAUUUAAAGCAAUUCCCGUCGCCGAUCAUCUCCAUUGUUGCAAAGUUCAUUUCAUUUGUUUCCGGCGGCUUUACUGCUGUCUUAAUCAUCAUUGCAUUUUUCCAAGAAGAUCUUCUCGAGGGCCAUAUACUGGGACGCAACCUCUUUUGGUAUGCUGCUGUUUUUGGAGCUAUUACAGCUAUUAGCCGAGCUGCCAUUUCAGAUGAACUUUUGGUCCUUGACCCGGUAGGAACUAUGUCUUUAGUUGUCCAACACACCCAUUAUAUGCCUAAGAGAUGGCGUGGUAAGGAAAACACAGACUGUGUCCGCAUGGAGUUUGAGACUCUGUUUCAGUAUACUGGAAUGAUGUUACUGGAGGAGACAGCUUCGAUCUUCCUUACACCGUUUUUGCUUAUGUUUGUUGUACCGAAGAGGGUCGAUGACAUACUGCAAUUCAUUGGAGACUUCACUGUUGACAUUGAAGGUGUAGGUCAUGUUUGCAGUUUUAGUGCAUUUGACUUUGAGCACCAUGGAAAUGUCAAGUAUGGUUCACCGCACGAUGUACCUCGUGAGCAGAGAAGCUCUCAGGGAAAAAUGGAGAAAUCGUUCUUGAGCUUCCAGUGUAGCUAUCCUUCAUGGGAACCAACUUCUGAAGGGAAGGAGUUUCUGUCAAAACUCCGAACUUUCCGGAACCAGAAGCUUCAGGUUUUGAACACGAGAUUUGGGUGUUCUUCUGAUCGAGCAUGGCGAGAAGGCCUUUCUCUUCGUGGUUGGAUAGACAGAGAAAUUCCAAGAAACAUGCCUCCUCCUACGAGAGGUUACCACACUGAUUCCUUGUGGCUGAUGGAUCCUGACCAGAGGAACCAUCCUUAUCUUCUUGACUGGUAUUACACUUCUCAGCCUCAAGGAAGAACCACUUCCCCAGGGCACAAUUACCCGGCAGAGGAUGAGACAUUGCCUGCGAAUCUAGAUACCGGAAGAGAAUUCUGGUCAUCUCCGAACUUAGGCCAAGAAGAGACCAGAUUUAACACCGGCUUUUCCUGGGAAACCCGGCUCAAUGAUAACAGAGAGCUUUCUGGCAUGGAGACAACCACAUCGGGCCAGUUCUUUCCCGAGAGCAUUCUGCGUCAUCCACACGAGGGGGUUACUUAUGGAAAUACUGCUGCUGGUAGGAGCAAUUGGUGGGACAGAGGUGGUCGGUCCCAUGGUUCGGGUCACCAAGAAACAAGCUUUAUGGAGCCACCCGAUUUCCUCCGCCCUUACCCUUCCAGAAACUUGUUCGAGAACUUAUCAGACAGGAGCAUGGGAGAGGAGGAGACAGAACGAGAGCAGUUCUUUGACUGGGAAAGUGCCAGAAGAAGAUUGUCUGAAACAGCAUACAUGGAUGAUGACAUUGAAGCUGGCAUGAAUCUCCAUUUCGACGAUGUGUAUAGUUCCAGACCUCCAGAAACUUCUCCAACGCUAAGUCCUCGCCAACCGACAAGAUUCGGUUAAAUAUUGGAACUGAAUCCUGGAUAAGGUUUCUGGUGAAGAAAUGGGCCAUGCAUGCACGCAUGCAAGUUUCUCCGAAUUGGGAAUGAACAUGUUUUUAUUUCUACGCUUCAACGGUACAUGCAAUUCUUUGUUGUAUAUAUAUAUAAUAUAUAAGGAUUAUUAUCAGGUCCGUUGGUUUAAGAAGGCAAUGGAAAGUGCCUUGUGGAACAAGUAAACAUACAAUACAAAAUCUGAGUAAUAUGUCCUGAAAGUUGCAGAGAUUAA